AUCACAAAGGCGUUUUCCCAUCCGGGUCAGAUAGGAAGCAACACUAUCCGGUGCACUGGGCGACUGUGUCACACUUUCAGCUGGCGAGUUUGUCAUGCUGCCCUCAGCAAACCUUUAACCUGCGGAUACAUGAAACAUACGGAUUACCGGGCAGACACGCACGCAAGGGCUCGUUUGCUGUCGUUUCAGACACUGAUCUGAUCAUUUCUAAGCUUUUUUAGUGUUUAGUGAGGGAAAUUUGGGGAUAAGAUGGCGGAUGUGGCUCCGGCCGGCGUGGAGAAGAGUCUGGAUGACUUCUUCGCUAAGCGCGACAAGAAAAAAAAGAAGGAGAAGGGUAACGUUAAGGGAAAGGAGCAGGCAACCGGAGGAGCCGCAAUGGCGCUGAAAAAGACGAAAAAGGAGAAGGAGAAGUCGACGAAGAGUGAGAACCAGGACGCGCAGAUGGAAAAGGAGGAUGAGGAAUGGAAGGACUUUGAGCAGAAGGAGGUGGACUACACUGGGCUCAGACUCCAGGCCCUGCAGAUGAGCGAUGAGAAGGAAGAGGAAGAGUACGAGAAGGAGGAAGUGGGUGAGGAUGGUGAGAUCAUCCUAGUCACUGGUGAUAAAGUCUCUGGACCCUGGAAUAAAUCAAGCGGCCCCCCUUCAGCUGCUCCGGUAGAGGAAGUUGAGGUUCCUGAGCCCAAAGCACCUGGCGUGUAUCGUCCCCCAGGGGCCCGGUUAACCUCUACUAAGAGAGGCCCUACUCAAGGGCCUCCGGAGAUCUUCAGUGAUGCCCAGUUCCCCUCUCUCCUCUCCACCGCCAGACACGUGGAGACUCGCAAGGACAGAGAGAUGGAGAAUACUUUCGAGGUGGUCAAGCAUAAGAGCCGGGUGAGAGAAGGUGAAGGCCCGGGCUCCAUGCAGCAACUACAGUUAGAUAAUCAGUAUGCCAUCCUGGGGGACAAAUAAAAGCCAUCUCCCCCUCCCCCCCCAAGCCUACCGCCAAUGGUAAAGUAAGACUUGCAGGGGGAA